UUCUAUAUACGUCGUCAGGCGGGAAGUUCGGUGUCGGAGACUGUAAGUGAGAAGUGAGGUUUGUAUCGCAACAAUAUCUUUAAACGGCGAAGUUCUUCACAUCCACGAAAAAUAGACUAACAUCACUUUAGGUCAUUGGUCAGACCUGCGGAGCCCUUUCGUCCAGGAUGGCAAUGCGGUGCGAGACCAGAGUUGAGACGGAGGCUGAGGAGGAGGAGAAUUUUGGGCCUCAGCCUCUUUGCCGACUUGAGCAAUGCGGAAUCAGCGCCAGUGACAUCAAGAAGCUGGAGGAUGCCGGAUUCCACACGGUGGAGGCUGUGGCGUACGCCCCCAAGAAGGAGCUGCUCAACAUCAAGGGAAUCAGUGAAGCCAAGGCAGAGAAAGUCCUGGCAGAGGCAGCAAGGCUGGUGCCCAUGGGCUUCACCACGGCCACGGAGUUCCACCAGCGCAGAGCUGAAAUCAUUCAGAUCUCCACAGGCUCCAAAGAGCUGGACAAGCUGCUGCAAGGUGGGAUCGAGACGGGCUCCAUCACAGAGAUGUUCGGCGAGUUUCGCACGGGGAAGACACAGCUCUGCCACACUUUGGCGGUGACUUGUCAGCUGCCUGUCGACCAAGGCGGGGGGGAGGGGAAGGCCAUGUACAUCGACACUGAGGGCACCUUCAGGCCGGAGAGACUCCUCGCAGUGGCAGAAAGGUAUGGGCUGGUGGGGAGCGACGUCCUCGACAACGUCGCCUACGCCCGGGCAUUCAACACAGACCACCAGACGCAGUUGCUGUACCAGGCCUCUGCCAUGAUGGCUGAGUCCAGGUAUGCCCUGCUGAUUGUGGACAGCGCUACCGCCCUCUACAGGACCGAUUAUUCCGGCAGGGGUGAGCUCUCAGCCAGGCAGGGCCACCUGGGCAGGUUCCUGCGCAUGCUCCUGCGGCUGGCGGACGAGUUUGGCGUCGCCGUGGUGAUAACCAACCAGGUGGUCGCCCAGGUGGACGGGGCAGCGAUGUUCUCGGCAGACCCCAAGAAACCCAUUGGGGGCAACAUCCUGGCUCACGCCUCCACCACCAGGUUGUACCUGCGCAAGGGCAGAGGAGAGACCAGGAUCUGCAAGAUCUAUGACUCUCCGUGUCUCCCAGAGGCUGAGGCCAUGUUCGCCAUCAACGCAGAUGGCGUGGGCGAUGCCAAGGACUGAGGGCCAUCCGUCCCCACGGCCUUAACAAGCGUCACGGCAACCGCGCUCAAGGAGACCUGACGUCUCGGAUGGCGAAACAUAAAAUAACCACGAACUUUGAUAGAAAUGUAAUAUACGAUGACUGCAGGUAGUAAUUUGCACAGGGAAGGGAGGGGUUCCCGCGAAAUAAAUCUGCGGUCGCCCUCAUUUGAAGGGAGGUUGGCUCGGGUCUGGCUCGGUGUCGUAAACUGACGGGAACAUCCCGCCCCCCCCCCCGUGCACCAGGCUGGCCCAAAGAACCGCGUGUGUCUGUGGGUUUUUAUGUUGUACUGAGUGCAGCUCUCCAAGCCCUCGGCUGAGAGCUCUUUGAUUUCCGCUGUGCUCUGCAGCCAGCCCCCUAUUUCCGUUUCAUCUACUUCUGUCUGGGUGGCUGCUGUACUCUUUGCUUUAUCUGUCUGUGUCCUAUAUCACUGAGUUAUUCUUGCCCCCGCAUGUCAUGUUUUAAUUGUAAUAUACUAAAGGGGGGUCCAUUAAUAAAGAAAUUAAAUGGCA